AUGUCCCGCAGCGCCACCCCCGCUCUCUCCUACACGAGCUCCUGCUCCUCCACGACGACGCUCAUCACCCUCGCGAGCGACCGCAGCCUGCCCCUCCCCCCGCCGCCGACCACGAACGACCUGCCGCCCGCCGAGCGCGCACGCCUCAUGCGCUCCACGCGCAAGAUCGGCGCACUGCUCGGAACGACGCCGCACUUCGCCGACGCGGACCCGUACACGCCGUACCCAUGUUAUCCCUACAACCAUGCGCACUCCCGCUCCGCGUCUUCGACGUCCCUCCUCCCCAUCGGCCCGGCUGCGCGGCUAAGGGACGAGGAGGAGCGCGCGCGCCUGCAGGAGAAGCGCAGGCGGCGCCAGGGGAGCGUGUUCGAGGUCGUCAGCGGCGACCUCGCCAGCUUCGAGGUCGUCCCGCGGCGCUCGGUCGACAGCGUGUCCUCGGCGAGCACGGAGAGCAAGGGUAACGGCAAGGUGAAGCGCCAACCGCGCCCGCUGGUGCUGUGUCUCGAGACGCGCGCUGUGGAGGCGCACGGGGAGGAGGACGUGUUUUCGCUGCCGUGCACGCCGACGACUGCGACUGUCCUCGGCGAGUCGAUCAAGAUAUCGACCCCGCUGCCGGGUGCGACGCCUCUGUCUCCUCUGUCGCCCAAUCACUCUUCAUCACCGCACUCGCGUAUCCCUGCGACGCCCCACUCCUCCCGCUUCUCGACGUUCACGUCCGGGUCUCCCCUCGUCUUUGCGCCCGUCACCACCCCCGAUACACCCAGACCGCACUUUACCAAGUCCUCCUCUGCGCCGAUGACACCUCUCACACCGCGCUGCUACUCUUCCUCCUCCCCUUCCCCCUCCCCGAAAACGCCCAGCCCGACGCUCAACACGCGCCGCAAGAAGAUGGCCAAGCUCGCGAAGCAGUUCGGCGAGAACGUACCGCCCGAGCUCGUCUUCCACUCCCACGCCCAGUCUCACUCCCCAUCACACUCUCACUCCAGCUCUCAACCCCAAGCCACGCCCAAACCGGCACCAGCGCAGGAGAAGACGCGGAGAAGGCGCAGCAUGAGCGUCGACUUCGCGUUCGAGGUCGCGACGGGCACGGGCACGGUCGUGGGCAAGGGCGUCGCGUUCUCGGGCGGGGAGAACUGGGUUGGCGAGUGGAAUCGCGACAUCAGGGACGUGCAGAAGGGGCUCCGCGCGCUCAGGGUGCGCUAAUGAAAAUGUGAAGCCUUCACGACGGUUAUCGCUAUGGACAGGGGCGGUUGAUCCGCCCAUGCUCGGACUCGGACAGCGAUUGAUUGAGGAUGUAGCGUUUACUUGUUUUCUGCUGUUGUAUUAUGUGUCGGGAUUCUGCUGUAUCAUGGUUGGGAUUCAGAGUGUAUAUCUAAGUAUGCUACGUCUUUAUCUGUGUCGUCGAGUCUUAUUAAUGUAAUUCCUAAUCGUCGUG